AUGUCGCGCGCGGGCGAAAGCCAAGUGCAGGCGAACGGGUUUGGCUCGGACGAUUACAUUGCCUUUGACUGGGACGAGCCUGUUGCAGUCAGUGUGGAUGCACGUGAAAAUGCGCAAGCGACAUCGGUGGACGACGCUGUGCGUGAGCAUGCAAUGGCAAGAAGCACGCCUUGGGCAGCGCAUGUUCCUUGGCACGCGUUUCGCAAUGUCGCUGAAAUGUUUACUGCGGAGAUUCAAGCAUACGGAGACUGGAUUAAGCCCACUCCGGAGGAACACAAAGUGCGCAUGAUGGUUAUUGAGCUGCUACAGCAGGCACUCUGCUCCGAGUGGCCCGACGCCGAAGUGCGCUCGUUUGGUAGCCAGGAUACGCAGCUUUAUCUUCCACAAGGCGACAUUGAUCUCGUCGUUCUUUCGCGAGCCAUGGAGCAGCGCGCACGCGAAACGACGCUGCGGCGCAUGGCUGCGUGCCUGCGCGCGCAUGGUCUCGCACAGGAUAUCCAGGUAAUUGGGCGGGCCAAAGUGCCCAUUAUUAAGUUUGUAUGUACCUACGGCCACUUUCAUGUGGAUAUUUCCAUCAACCAAGCCAAUGGUCUCCAAGCUGCGGGGCUUGUAAACCGAUGGCUCCGCAAGCAGCCGUCGCUGCGGUCAUUGGUGAUGGUGGUGAAGCAAUUGCUCCAGCAGCGCGCAUUGUCUGAAGUUUUUACCGGAGGGCUCGGUAGCUUUAGCGUCACGCUUAUGGUCCUUUCCUUCCUGCAGCUGCACCCCAAAAUCCAGCGCGAAGAAAUUGUACCGGAGAAAAAUUUGGGCACACUGCUCAUGGAGCUGCUCGAGCUGUAUGGCAAAAACUUUGGCUACGACGAGUCUGGCAUUACCGUUCGCGGCAUGGGUGGCUACUUUAACAAGCGCCAGCGUGGAUGGUACGACGGGAGGAAGCCGUUUUUGCUCAGUAUUGAGGAUCCCCACGAUGUGACCAACGAUAUUUCCAAAGGCUCAUUUGCGGUUAUCAGCGUGCGGUCCACUUUGGGUGGUGCGUACGAUAUAUUGCAUGCUGCACUCUGUGCGCGUGCAAACGAGAUGCAUGUUUUCCGGCGCAGGCAGCGCACAUUGCGCGACGCACAGGCGCAGCGCAAGCACACCUACUUCUCUGCAGAGGAUGGCGACGACCGAUUACAUCGCACUGGCGACAACAAAGAGCCCGAGUCUAUUUUAGGCUCGGUCUUGGGCAUAUCGCGCGAAAUGAUCAAGCGUAGAAAGGAAAUCAAGGCGUUGUACGACACUGGGGUGCUUCAGUCGCGAAUGGCGAAGGAUGUGGGUGCGGAUGCACAAGAAGACAGUACACUGAGCGUUAAACGCCGCAAGCGCCAGGCGCAUACAAGCGAAGCACAAGACUAUGCCGUAUUUGCUGCGCCGAAACCACUCACCGGGGACCGCGCGAAAAAACACCGCAUCGUGAGUGGGGAGAGCGCACACGACUCAAAAUAUGCGCUUGCGUCCAAGCACCGCGCGGCCAAACGCAAAGACCCAUGGAGUGAUGUACUGAGCGAGCCUCAAGUGGCAAGCAGCGACGAAGACGCUGUCUCGGACUCGAGCAGCGUCGCAUAUGUCGCCGCGUCCUCAGACAGCGAUGCGCCGGACCCCCGACCAGCAGUGUCGGAGCCGCAUGUUUCGCUUUGUGCCAAAAAAUCCACGAACCCGAAUUUGAGCAAGGCCGAUCGUCUCGCAUACUGGCACAGCAAAGGCGGUAUCAGCCAAGAAUUGUAG